GGAACGUUUCGGUCACAUUUUCGAGUCAUAUGACCGACGUUACGCGAGAAUUGACGUGCCGUUCUAGGCGUUGACUCGACUUCUCUUCUCUUCGCGAUUCUCGAGCUGUGUAGCUGUCGACGAAUUUCUUCGUUUAACUCUUCGAGGAGAGAACACCCACGACUUCAUCAUGGCACUCAGCGACGCGGAUGUUCAAAAGCAGAUCAAGCAUAUGAUGGCCUUCAUAGAACAAGAAGCCAAUGAAAAGGCAGAAGAAAUAGAUGCCAAAGCAGAAGAGGAAUUUAAUAUUGAGAAGGGACGUCUGGUACAACAACAGCGUCUUAAGAUAAUGGAAUAUUAUGAGAAAAAGGAAAAACAAGUUGAGCUACAAAAGAAGAUACAAUCCUCAAAUAUGCUCAAUCAAGCCCGAUUGAAGGCUUUAAAAGUACGUGAAGAUCAUGUACGCAAUGUUCUUGAUGAAGCUAGAAAGAGAUUAGGCGAAGUAACUCAUAAUACUGCACAAUAUGGGGAAAUCCUUCAGCUGUUAAUCAUCCAAGGCCUUUAUCAACUAACAGAAUCAAACAUUAUUCUUCGUGUACGUCAAGUCGAUGUACCUCUCGUGGAAUCUCUUCUUAAUUCCAUUCAGCAAGAAUAUAAGCAGAAGACUAAGAAGGAUGUUACCUUCAAAAUUGAUUCCGAUAAUUUCUUAUCCAAUGAAAGCUGUGGAGGUGUAGAACUAUUAGCAUCCAAAGGGCGCAUAAAAAUCAGCAAUACUUUGGAAACCAGAUUGGAGCUGAUAGCGCAACAGUUGGUACCCGAAAUCCGUAUCGCUCUGUUCGGUGUUAAUCCUAAUCGUAAAUUUAAUGAUUAAAUUAUUUUCUUCAACGGUUACUUGAAAUUCUCUAAAACAUUCCCAUUUAACAGCAGAUUGUUAUAGCAUUAUCAAAAAAAAUAUUGUGUAGAAAAAAAUUAGUACAAUUAACGAAAUUCUUUGUUUAAUAUUUUUGAUGAAAGUAUUUGAUGGAUUACUGUGCAAUAUUUAUCAUUGGAAUAGUUGUAAACUGUACAUUGCUCUCCAAAGACAUCUUUUUAAUCUUUUAUCUUUCCUAUCCUUUACUCCAACAGGUAAUCGUGAAAUUAAAGUAUAACAAUAUGUCAAAUAUUGCAUUGUUAAGUAAUUGUAUAUCAAUUAUUAAAAUUACCUGUUAAAAAUCGGUGUUCAUAAAUAAAACAAAGUGUACUUUGUCAGUUCUUCAGCCGGCUAGGAAUGUUAACGCGAACGAAAUGUAUAUUAAUGAUAAUAAUCGAUGUUUUUGACUGCUUAUGCUAAAAUGAAUAGCGAUUGCAAGAAGAAUAUAGUACAGUCGGUAUUGUGCAGAAUCGUACAAACAAAAGUAUGGAAUGUGCUUUAUAUGUAUAUAAGUAUGAUACACAUGUAUAUACUUAUAGAGCAUAUUAGUAUGUUAUCAUGUACAUUAUGUAUAAAUAUAAUAAUGUAUUGAAUAGAUUAUUGAUUGUUGAUGUAUAAGAAUAUCUUUGAAAAAUAGUUCUACAAGAGUAUAAUGUAACACAAUAUCUGGAUAUGUCUUUUAAGUUUACAUACAACAUAAUUAUACAUAAAUAUGUAUAUGUAUAAUUAUCCAAUAUUUUUAUUCGCUGCAAUAUUAUGUUCAUUGAAUGUUAAA